UAUAUAUUGUUUAUUUUAAAACAGUGACGGUUAAAUCGAGGUAGGCUGAUAUAAUUCAUAUGCAUUCAAAUAACAAUCGAGUGAAGUUUAGGUAAAAUCCUACAUUAAAUAAAUCCACGAAACAACUACCUUAAGAUACCGAAACCUCCAAAAUCCAAGUGUUAGUAUACUUUCGAUCUUAUCUUCGAUUGUAUCUUCGAUCUCAACUUCGUACAUCUGAAUCUUUAAUUAUACAAGAAAAUUACAAUUUCAAAUGCUUCUCGCCAGUUUUAAUACGUCAAAUAGUGACACUUGCCAUACGACCUAAAUUAAAUCUCGACAUCUCAGAUCUGAAUACGUAUUUACACGAGAGAAUUUCGUUUCGAAGUAUUAGGUUGUCCCGAAAGUUUUUUUCGCGAGUUGCACUCAAUUAUUUGGUGUGAUCGUGUUUAUAUAAAUAGGCAAUCUAAUUUCAUAGAUAUUCAUGUUGUAACGGUAAUGGAGCAAAAUGAAUCGUGGACAAUUCAGUAAUGUAACAUAAAACAUAAAAUAUUGUGCAUGUAUUACUUAUUAAUAAAGCGAAAGAAACUUUUGAGACAACCUAAUAUUUUCCGCCAAUAUAACCUAUCGAGUGCUGACUUCCCAUAUGCUACGAUCUAGAUUAACAUCUCGACAUCUUAGACCCGGCCAUCUUCCCUCCGAACCCUCGAUUGUACAAUAAAAAUCCCAUUUCGAGUCCCUUAUCAGCAAUUAGAACUCAUCAAGGGUUGUCUUUCGAUAUCUCAACAGUCCCAUUAGCUACGAAGGAGCAACGACCAGGGUCGCCUCGACGCCAUCUAUCGACAGGAAUCGGUUUCCAUCGAGUCUCGACGGUCGCGUUCGGUUCGCAGUCGCGUUUCGGCCAGCGUUCCUCAUAUACUGUGUCGUAGUCGUGUUCGCGAGUUGUUUUUUUCCCGCAAAGUCGACAUAUUGACCGAUCGUCAACCGUACCUUCUGUCGCGAAAGCCAUACUGGUGUGUGAUUUGUGGUACGAGCAGUGAGUUGUGGCGUGACCGGAGAAAGGACGCGUUUAUAGUGAACGUUAUUUCACAAUGGGCUACGAUUACCGAACUUGCAUGCGAGUGCCCUCGUGUUAGAAGUUCGCUGAUCAAAACAAUUCUGUUUCUCGUGUUCCGUGCGACAUUGGGUGAUGUGUGUUUAGUGAAGUUUGGCCGAGUUUAACGUUCUCUGGUCAAAGUAGAAAUACGAGUCUACAGUUGACAAUAAUCACGAAAUCUAGAUCUGCUAUCGGGUGUCGAGUGCGAGGAAUAUCAGAGAUCUCCACGAGUGAUUCGGGUGCAACGCUAGCUACCAACCGAAAUUGGCAGAUUUCUUAAAACUGGAUGUAACGCGUGUCGAUUACGAUUGCCGAAAUACGGUGAACGUGUUGUGUGCGAUCUGCUGCGACGAUACACGAUUGGGGUACGGUGCGAAAAAAAGUGAGCGCAGGAAGAUAGCAACAUCAACCGUGGACGGAUAACGCAGAAAAAUGUUCAAGCUCGCUGGACGUCAAGAAUGGGAAGCUUUGACGAAAGAUAUACGGCUGCAGCUGAACGAGCAGCUGAGAUGUCUCGAUAUCAGGAUGGAGGCGCAAGUUGCUCUUGUAGCAGAGCUGCAGGACUUUUUUCGAAAGAGAGCAGAGUUGGAGCUCGAUUACAGCAAGUCUCUCGACAAAAUGGCCAGAAGCAUACAGCUGAGGCACAAGGAGCAGAAACAAAAGCGGGAACAGUGGCCUCUAUUCUCCAGCUACGCCUGCUGGCAGCAACUCAUCAACGAGACAAAAUCCUUGAGCAGAGAUCAUGCAGCUCUUUCAGAAGUCUACAGUACGCACCUCGUGGGUCGUCUCAAUCAGGUGAUGGAAGAUGUACAACGGAUAUACAAGCGUUGCCGUGAAAUAGGGUAUGAGACACACGAGGAGAUCCUCCGAGUGCUACACGAGCUCCAUACAACGAUGAAGACAUACCAGGCUUACCAGGCGGAGUCGAGGCAAGCGGAGACAAAACUCCGCGUCGCCGAGCAGCAGCGCACCAAACUCGAGGUAGCGAUCGCUCCACCUGAGAAGCUUGCGCGCAGCAAGAAAUACAAGCUCAUCGAGAAGGAAGUAAACAAGAGAAAGAGCAAGUACCAAGAGGCGAAGUUGAAGGCGCUCAAAGCGCGAAACGAAUAUAUUUUGUGUCUCGAGGCAUCGAAUACGACGAUACACAAGUACUUUGUGGAUGACCUGUCGGAUCUCAUAGAUUGCAUGGAUUUCGGUUUCCACAAUUGCAUUGCCAGGGCGCUGUUGAUGCAUUGCAGCGCCGAGGAAGGCAGACAACGUUCGUUACAGUCAGGUGCUGAACAAUUAACUGCCUGUGUUGGUGCUUUGGACUCCAGGGCAGACAAGCAGAGGUUUCUGGAGUCUCACCAUGCUGCUUUUAUGAUUCCAAAAAAAUUCGAAUUCCAAGGGCAACGAGGGGACGAGGUACUUAUGACUCCUGAGCCCGAAUUGCAAAAAUUAUUGCAUACCGAGAUGGAACAACGACUAACGCAAUUGCAACAAAGAGUAACGUCUUUAAGAACCGAGUCUGAAGAAGUUUGGAAAACUUUGGAAACGGCAGAAGCCAGCCUUUUAGAAAUGUUGACUGCAAAAGACUACGAUUGCUCCAGAUAUUUUGGAGAGAACGCUGUACCUACCUCGAGACCUCCAGAAACAUUGCAAAUUAAGCUUAGAGCCGAUAGACAAGAAACAGAAGAAUUCUACCUCACGAAAUUCCGGGAAUACCUUCUUGGAACAUCAAGAAUAGCUAGAUUGGACGCGAAGCAAGAAUACAUACGACAGAGCUUGUUGGAUGGCUCUACAGCGAGUGCGAAUACGUCGAUAUCGACAACAAAGCAGAAGCAGGCCAGGAGGAAACGAAUUGGUCGACUCCAGAUGAACGGUCAGCCGAAAUUGUUUGGUGGUUCGUUGGAGGAAUAUUUGGAAAGCACGAACCAAGAAAUACCCCUGAUCAUGAAGAGCUGCAUCAGAGUGAUAAAUCUCUAUGGACUUCAUCAUCAAGGUAUCUUCCGAGUGUCUGGAUCGCAGGUGGAAAUCAACAACUUCCGAGAGUGGUUUGAGAGAGGAGAGGAUCCUUUAGCCGACGUGACAGAUGCGUCGGAUAUUAACAGCGUUGCUGGCGUGUUGAAGCUCUAUUUGAGGGAAUUGAGGGAACCCCUUUUUCCUAUCAUUUACUUCGAGCACCUUAUGGAAUUGGCGCAGUUGGAAUCGAAGCAGGAGUUCGUUAACAAGAUGAAAGAAUUGAUAUCGAGUCUUCCAAGACCGGUGGUCAUUGUAAUGCGAUAUCUUUUCGCCUUUCUCAAUCACCUCUCCGAAUUUUCGGACGAGAACAUGAUGGAUCCGUACAACCUGGCCAUCUGCUUUGGUCCCACAUUGGUUCCAGUACCCGAAGAUAAGGAUCAAGUGCAGUACCAAAAUCAAGUAAACGAAUUGAUUAAAAACAUCAUCACCUUCUGCGAAGAGAUAUUCCCAGAGGACAUUGGAGGUACUCAGUACGAAAAAUAUAUUAGUAGAGAACCGGAUGACGUAGAUGUGGGCGACUCGCCGACGGACCAAGUUCAAGAAGAUAUGGACUCCGAGGUGUAUCCAUCCGAGGAUGAAUCUGAAAACCUCGAAGCCACAGCACAAUUCGAUUUCAAUGCAAGGUCCGAAAGAGAGUUAAGCUUCAAAAAGGGGGAUACCUUGACUCUCUACACACAAGUCAGUAAUGACUGGUGGCGAGGUGCCUUGGCUGGUAGAGAAGGGCUUAUUCCCGAUAAAUAUAUUAUGAUCAAGAUAAAGGAUGAGGAACGCGAGAAGGAACUCUUGAAGUCGUCCAGCGAAGAAUCAAUGAGAAGAAGAACGUCCAGCUCUGCCGACAGCGUGCUCUCGAGCAACAAUUCACCGCUGAUGGGACCAUCGAGCAAUGCAGCUACUUGGUCUUCGGGCACCACGUCCGACGGCCCUGCAACCAUGAACACAGUUGCGACAGACAAUAGCAGCAACAGCGGCGUCGUUCCAGCAGUCGUUGCAAACGUCUCUUGCAUCUCGUCCACGCAACCGAUCAUCAGUCGAGAGGAUUGCAAAGGAGCGAAGGUAUCAGGCACGCCUGAGAAAGAGAAGCACGUGUUUGGUUCCGAGCACCCCAAGGAUACGAUUCCAGUCAUCAUCAGCAACAAUGGAGAGACCGAGAAAAUGUUCAGCGAGGUGCAUCAGCAGCAACAGUGCAACGAAGAGGUGGAAGACGUUGAACGCGUUUCCUCGAUGAGCUUGGACGGGGGUUCGAAGCGUGCAACGAGCAGGAAGCAACACUGGAAGUCCCAGAGCAUGGGGGAUUCGGUGCAGCAGACUGCGAACCCUUUGCAAGCGAACAACGCGGUAGGCCAAGGCGAGGAGCUGCAAGAGCAGCCAACCUUCUCGGCAAAUCGCGAACUCUGGCAGAGGAGGGCCACGUCGCAGACCCAGCUGAACCCACCUGCACCUCCUAAUCACAAGCUAUUUCGUAGUUCUCAAGAGUUCCGCGAGAUGCGUCAGAAGCACACACCAGACCUCGUGAUGGACCUGCCUUUGUCGGCGCAAGACGCGAGCAAAAAGUCUGCCUCGUCUGGCAGUUUGAGCAGCUCCGACGAAGAGACUCCUGUUCAACCUUGUCGCGCUGAAGCAGCCACUUCUCCUACCGGAGGUCCCGAAUCUCCAGACAUGAGCACAGCUGCUGAAAGAUUCGCCAAGCAGAACCAGUGCACGCUCAAGAAAAACACGAAGACGAAUCCUGAAGGGUCGAAGCUGAAGCGCCUGGAGACUGAGAACGAUCCUGAACAAGAGUCCGAGGAGAUGGUCAGGUCCGCCAGCUCCAAUCAGCUGUCCGACUCGAUAUCCAUCAGGUCUCCGCGCUCCACGCCGAAGAUCGUCGCGAAAUUCGCGGACAUGCACUUAACAGGCGGCAGCCAGGUGUCCUCGUUCAAGCCCCAGGUUAAGGUGAAGCCUACGAUCCUGAAGAAACCGGUGCUACCGUUCCCGCAUCCUCACAUGAGCCCCGAGCUGGCGAGAAAGAUCGAAAAGCAGGCGCAGAGCGCGGAACAGACGAAUUAAUUAUGUUUGCCAGGGAGUCAGGAAAAGUCCAGCAGAGAAUAUUUAUUUUCAGCGAGCCACGGGCGUCUUGCGAGCUCGUGAAUCCGUCAGCGACUCCCCCGUUGACCAGGUACUCCGCCCAAUCGCGAGGACUCUAAGCGUGUGUUAGUUACUGUGCCCAAGAUGAAAGGAAAGCCCCCAGGGAGGCAGCGUCGCGCCUCGACGAGAGCAAUCGCCAAACCAUGGUGUUCCAGAAACGAGGUUGGAUGCUGCCUCGGGCCGAGUUUAUUUUUUCUACGACUAUUUUCCAUUUUCGCAUAAUUUUUUUACCAAAUGAUAUCCGCGAAACGAUGUUUCUAGUCAUCGAGCGACGAUAGAGAAACGUUGAGAGAAAUGUGUGAGCGAGAAGGUACAUCGAAUAAAAUACAAUUUUCGAGUUUAAAUAGUGUGCGUGCGUGCGUGCGUGCGUGCGUGCGUGCGUGCGCGCGUGUGUGUGUGUGAAAGAGAGAGAAAAAGGUCGGAGAGGGAGAGAGAUUGAGAUGAUUUUAUACGUUGGACGAUAGGUGUAAUUUAUUGCAUAAGGAUAUUGCUCCUCAACGUGUACGAUGAUGUUUGCAACAAACGUGUAC